UUAGUUAGCAAUUGAUUUAAAAAUCAUGAAAGCAUUUAUGUUAUUGAUAUCACUGGUAGUAGUGCUUAGUAUAGCUGUCGCUAACGGCGAUCACUACGAGGGAGACUAUGGAAGAGGUUAUGGUGGGGCCAAUGAGAAGGAAUUAUUCAAAUCAGCUCUAGUUAAGCCAUACGUUAAACCUGAGGCUAAAUCUUAUUUAAAGUACCAGAACUAUGGUGGCUAUGAAGGAGGUGGAAAAGUUUAUGAACAUGAGAAACAAGAAAUCAAGACCCCAUUGGCGCCUCCGCCGGUGGGCGCCUACUCUCAGGCCAUACGAGUGAGCUCUACGGUGUAUAUCUCGGGUCAGAUCGCGAUAGACCCGGCGUCGGGUCGGUUAGUGUUGUCGCCUUUUGAGGCACAGACGGAACAAGUGUUCCGCAAUUUGCGGGCCGUUUGCGAGGCGUCCGGCGCUUCGCUCGACCGUAUCGUCAAACUAACCGUUUUUAUCACAGAUUUGCGACAAUUCCCGGCCGUUAACCGCGCGAUUGAGAAGUACUUCCAGAGGCCAUAUCCGGCCCGCAGUAGUAUAGAGGUGUCCGCUCUUCCACGCGGUGUCGGCUUAGAAGUCGAGGCCAUUCUUCAGCUCUGAGGCCAGAGAUA